GCAAGAUUUGAUAAAAUACAAGCAGCAAUCAACUCGAAUCAAAAGGAAAAAUUGGAACAAGAUCUCAAGAAAGAAAUUAAAAAACUUCAGAGGCAACGUGAUCAAAUAAAAGCAUGGAUAUCUUCAAAUGACAUUAAAGACAAACGUGCAUUAAUUGAUAAUAGACGUUUAAUAGAGCAGCAAAUGGAAAAAUUUAAAGCAUGUGAAAAAGAAAUGAAAACUAAAGCCUAUUCAAAAGAAGGUUUGCAACAAUCUGUUAAAAUGGACCCAAAAGAGAAGGAGAAAAUGGAGACUUGUGAAUUUGUAGCAAGUCAGAUUGAUAUUCUCAGCGCACAGAUUGAAACAGCCGAAGCUGAAGCUGAAAGUUUGCAAAGUGCUGUUAAGAAAGGAAGAAAGGAUAUUCAAAAGGUUGAACGUCUGACUGAAGUUGAUCAUCUAAUAGAGAGGAAUAAGUGGCAUGUUAAUCGUUUAGAAUUAAUAUUAAGAUUAUUAGAAAAUGGAAAUAUUUGUCCUGAAAAGGUUAUCCAAAUCCAAGAAGAUAUCAAAUAUUACGUUGAAAGUAAUCAAGAACCUGAAUUUGCAGAAGAUGAAAAUAUAUACGAAGAUUUAAAUCUCGAAGAAGAAGAAGAAUUAUACGCGAUUGCAAUUGCAAAUGAGGAACAUCACAGCAGUCACGACUCUGUUACUGAUGAACCAUGGACACCACAAAAGGAGGCAAGAAUCAAUCUUUUAUAUAUCCAAAUGGCAAUGGCAUUUGCAUUAAUUGUGCCAGCCUAUUUGGAUGGACCAAUGUGUGAUCUUAAUGCUCAUUUAAGCCCAGUAACAUCGCUGACGUCGAGGGUCACUGUUCCUAAAAAUACUGUACCUCUUCCAUCGAGAAAAAGUAGCAAUGCAAAUGAAUCCUUGUCAACGUGGCUUAAGGAAGAAG